UUCUCAUCAAGGUCGGUAGAAAAAUUUUCUUUUUUAUUUCGGACGCGCUGAGAGGCGCAGCAUUUACGGAACCGAGUUAAAAACGGACCAAUUCAGGAAACGCAAUUUUAUUCCAUCGAAUUGGGUUUUACAUCAUCAUUCAUUGUCACAUCUCUCCAUUGUUAGUCUUAUCUGACAUCAGUUUUUAAUUGCUACAUUGCUACGACGAGACUUAUUGAUCCCAGAGCUUCAUUUUAAUUAAGCGAAGGUGAAGUUAUUCAGUAUUGAGUGCCCAAUUGAUUUGAAGCUACUUUGUUUUGUCGAACUGUUACUUUGAAACAAAAAUAAAGAAGAUCAUUUGGCGACACAAGAAUGCUUCGAAUUGAUGAAAUAAGCGUGGGACGAGCCACUGGCCGCAUGUCUCCUACAGGGGUGGCAAGUAACAGCCCCUGCCCCAAGCGGAAACCCGGAAAGCCGGGAUCGGCCGGAACUGGGAAGACUACCGCGGGAGCGUCCAGUGGCAACAAUGGCAGUCACGUGCCACACAUUUCAAAAAUGCUGGCCGGUCAGUUUAAUCCGAUUGCUUUUAUGCACAGAGACUCUGCAAAACACGAUGAGCGAGUUGAGUCCCAUUUUACAGAGGACAAAGAAGCAUUUGACCUUCUAGACGAGGACAAAGACGGGCUCAUUUCGGUCGAUGACCUCGCCAAGUUCAUGAGAAUGAUUGGAAUGACAUCAACGAAUGCGGAAUUGUCUGAGCUGGUUUUAGAAUUCGACUCAGAUGGAGACGGGUUCCUGAGUUACCAGGACUUCUUGAAGGUCCUCAACCAGGACUUGUUCGAAGGGGAUCCCAAUGGAGACGUUGUCAGAGAGGCUUUCAGACAAUUCGACCAAGACGGCACUGGCUAUGUGGGGGAGGCUGAGCUGGCCACUAUAUUCCAGCAGUUGGGGGAGGAGCGACUGGCCGACACUGAGUUGCAGGAGGUGGUGAGAGAGUACAUAGUGGGUAGUGGGAGCGAUGGCGCCAUCAACUACGAACAGAUGAUCGAAGGCAUCCAGGAUUCAUACAAGCGACACCCGAAGAAUGCACACUUAGACCAGCAUUAGGGACCAGUACUGGCUGAGCAAUUCUCUAGAAAGUGAAACAUCCAGAGGAUCUUGUUAACUAUCCCACUAUCUAUGGUACAGAUUUGCCACCCAUAUUG